UUUUAUUAAUGAAAAAAUAGAAAUCCCAAUUCUCCCAAUUACAGAAACCUAAGCUCGUCGAGAAAUCAUGGCGGCAAAAGUGUUUAGUGGAGUGACUAUAUGCCUGUCGCGGAGUCUGGUUCCACCGGAGCUCUUCGACGCGCUGCACGACGCGUUGAAGUUCAACGGUGCCCAAGUUCUCCUCAUCUGCGAUCCCUCACGCAAUGGACCCAACGACUAUCACGUCAUCGCCUCGCCCGAGCAUGAAAAGUUUGAGUAUCUCAGGUCGAAGGGCUGUAAUUUGCUCGGUCCUCAGUGUGUGUUGUUCUGUGCAAAAGAGCACAGAAAGCUACCUAUUCAGGGGUAUACUUGCUGCCUUGCACUGGAUGGUGUAAAUAUAGUUAUGUCUGGUUUUGAGAAGGAUGUAAAGGAUGCUAUUAGGAAGAAGGUCACUGCUAUGGGAGGACAGAUGAAAAAAAAAGCAUCAUCGGAUGUCAGUUUCGUAAUUGUGAAGGAUGUCCUUUGCCAAAAAUACAAGUGGGCCCUAACCCAAGUGAAAAAACCAAUGCUCACAAUAGAUUGGCUGGAGCAAUGUUGGAAAGAACACCGUGUAGUUCCUCAGGAACCUUAUAGGGUUCUUCCUUUUGCUGGAUUGACGAUAUGCGUUAGUGGAAUCCCUGCAGAUGAACGCAAGGAAGUGGAGAAGCUUGUCGUACAAAAUGGUGGGAUAUAUUCCGCUGAGCUGACCAAGAGAUGCUCUCAUUUGAUAUGCGAUGCUCCUGAAGGUGACAAGUAUACAGUUGCAAAAAGAUGGCGUAUCAUAUACAUAGUUAACAGGAAAUGGUUUCAUCAGUCUAUUGCCAGAAGAGCAUGCCUAAUGGAAGAUUCCUUCCCUGUUCAACAUCCAUCUUCUGUUAGUACUUUGAAGACAUUGGAGCAUCAUACUCAAGGCAAAGGCACCAGAAAUUCACAGCCUACCUCAUCAUCUAUCCCCACUGCCUCAGAAUCCGACACCAAUCUUUUUGCUCAGGAUUUGGAACCUGAUGUGGAGAAUCUCCUGACAAACAUCCGUUGCACGUCUUCUGAGGUUCCUCACAUAUCCAAAAAGGGAAAUGAUCCACCCACUGAUAAGCAGAAAAAUGGUUCCGAUUUUACUCGAUGCAUUGCUGAUGAUUCUCAAAGUGAGGAUGAUGAUCUAUACUUGUCUGAGUGCAGAAUUCUACUUUUAGGCUUUGAGGCAUCUGAAUUGCGGAAGCUAGUCAACAUGAUUCGCCGGGGUGGGGGCUCUCGUUAUAUGUCUGUUAGGGAGAAAUUAACUCACGUGGUAGUUGGAAUUCCAUCGGAAAAUGAAAUUAAGGAAAUACGGAGCCUUGCAGCUUUUGGAGUUAUAAGUAUUGUCAAAACGUCAUGGCUUGAAGAAUGCACCAUCAAAAAGAAAGAGGUCCCUGUGUUUCAGGGUCACAUUGCUUAUGAUUUACUUCUUCCAAAAGAUUCCAUAGUCUUUAAUGGGAGUACUGCAGCUAGCACGACAAGUUUGAAAGAGGGGAAUUCCUCCGCUUCUCAGCUUGUUGACAAUAACAUAGUUAAGAACAAGAAUUCUCAAUCAGAUGUAUUAUUUGGUUUGAAAGAAGACGCUAAGGUGAAGGUGCAAAGCAGAUUGAACAAUGGUAUUAAACAUAUGAAGUCCUCAACUGUAUUUAGGGGGAAGCUCUUCCGUUUUUCAAGCACUUUUCCCGAAGAACAAAGACCCGAAAUAGUGAUGUGGGUUACUGAAGGUGGUGGUGAGGUUGUUUCAGAUCAAAACAGAAAAAUUGUGCACUUUAUUGUCGAGCGCCAUGGUGUAGUUUCCUGUCUGACCCAUGCAUCCUGGAUUUCUUAUAUUACCACUCACUGGAUUCAUUCUUGUCUAGAGGAGGGGUGUUUGCUGGAUAUUAGUAGUCACAUUCUCUAUUCUCCACUUCCAUGCAAAAUACCAUUACCUGGAUUUGAAGAAUAUCGCCUCUGUUUUUCGGGGUAUGGCACGAAAGAAAGACAGCUGUUGAGAAAUUUGUGCUAUGUUCUGGGGGUCAAGUACGCUGAGAAACUUACAAAGAAAGCGACUCAUUUAUUAAGUAAAUUUGCUCAUGGUGAUAAGUAUGAGGCUGCUUGUAGAUGGGGAAUAAAUGUAGUUACAGCUGAUUGGAUAUAUGAAUGCGCCAAGCAGAAUAAAGUUGUUGAUGUGAAAGGGUUUUUCCCUAAAGAGCUUACUUCUCAAGAUAGGCAAGAAGGAUCUUUUUUUAUGAGCCAAUACCCUGCUCACUCUGAUAGGAUUACAUCUGUAGAUGACAUCUCUCAACACCCGAGUCAGCAACAGGAUCUGGGAAAUGUGCAUACCAUUGAUUCCUUGGUUAUAGCAAGAGAUGUGGAAAUCUGUUCUAGAGGUAGUAAGAGGGCAAGAUUAUUAGGACAGGAUAGUAUAAAGCAAUCUUCUUGUGACUCCGCCGUCGAUAAUUUUGUCAGUAGGACGAAUCAUGCGGAAAACAAUACUGAAAAUAAUGGAGUUUCUUCUGUAGUUCCUGAUGUUGCUGCGGCUAUAGAGGAUUUGUUGGAGCAAACAAGCAAAAUUCAGGAUUUGAAGUCACAGGAGACAAGUGGUAGCCAUGAAACUUUUUUGUCUUCUAAUCCUACAAUGCUUAGUCAAAGGCAUGCUGCUUCCUCUUCUGAACUAGGACCAUCAAAGCAAUGGAUCAACAGGUUAGAAGAAAGGCAUGAUGAUCCUUCUGAUGAUGCUGGACAAAGGGGAUUUUAUGAUAAUUUUAGUGAAACACAGACUGAUUCUCAGGUGGUUGGUUAUGAAGAAGACCUAUCUGGUAGGCAAAUGAUUAUUGAUAGAGUGAGAACAAGGAGUAGCAUGCCCGGCUCAUAGUGUUGUGUGUAUUGGGACUUGAAGCUAUACUGAUGAGCAGCAAGUUGAUAAAACCAGCACAAAAGGAGUCGAAUCAUCAACCACAAUUAGGGAUGUAAAUGAAUUGAAUUGAAUCGAAGCGAAUACUACUACUGUAUUCAUGAAACUAUUCGAGUAUUCGAUUACCUUUUUUGAAUAUUGAUUUUGAUUUGUGUUCGAUUUGAAAUGGUAUCUGAAUCAUUUGAGUAUU